AAGAUUUGCAGUCACUGGCCAAAGACUUUUUUGACUUGGGUGACUUAAGAACGCCGCCUCAAGUUGUCUUUUGUGGGGCUGCCCCCAGAUUUUGUUUGUUUCGCUGUAGCACGGCACCCCCAGGCUUCGAGGGCGGUAAUGGCCAACUCGGGCCUGCAGUUGCUGGGCUUUUCCUUGGCUUUGCUGGGCUGGGUGGGCCUGGUGGCCUGCACCGCCCUGCCGCAGUGGCAGGUGAGCUCCUACGCGGGCGACAACAUCAUCACGGCCCAGGCCAUGUACAAGGGGCUGUGGAUGGACUGCGUCACGCAGAGCACGGGCUUGAUGACCUGCAAAAUGUACGACUCGGUACUCGCCCUGCCCGCGGCCAUGCAGGCCACUCGAGCCCUGAUGGUGGUAUCCCUGGUGCUGGGCUUUCUGGCCAUGUUUGUAGCUACCAUGGGCAUGAAGUGCACACGCUGUGGGGGAGAUGACAAAGUGAAGAAGGCCCGUGUAGCCAUGACUGGAGGCAUCGUUUUCAUAGUGGCAGGUCUUGCUGCCUUGGUAGCUUGUUCCUGGUAUGGCCAUCAGAUUGUCACAGACUUUUAUAACCCCUUAAUCCCCACAAAUAAUAAGUACGAGUUUGGUCCUGCUAUCUUUAUUGGCUGGGCAGGAUCUGCUCUGACCCUCCUGGGAGGUGCGCUGCUCUCUUGUUCCUGUCCUAGGAGUGAGAGCAAAACCGGGUACCUUGCACCCCGCUCUUACCCUAAGUCCAACUCUGCCAAGGAGUACGUGUGAGCUAGGAGCCCCCUUGCCCCAGCCUGACAGGCUAUGGGUGUGCCUGGAUGCCUGAAAGGGUCUGGGGCAGAUUUCAGCCUGUGGGCAGGGUGCAGGACAAAGGCUUCUUCAUCCCUGCACACCAUGUACAGUUCUCCAGGGGGUCGGGUGGGGAAGACAAAAAGAGGGGAGGGUGUGCUUUUUGUACAGUAAUAAAAAAGUUUUGGAAAG